AUGUCCGACGACGAAGCCGACCCCGAGCUCCUGGAGCUUCUCCGCCAACACUUCCGCAAACCCACCAGCCCAGAAACCCCCGAAACCCGCGUCCUCGAAAGCGCAGAAUACGUCUACAACAACUCAAUCGAUGUAGCCCUCGACAUGACCUCCACUAAAGCAGCCGCCGCAUCCAUCUAUUCCCAAAUGCAGAGGAAAUCCUACUCCACCAAAACAUGGUCAUCACAUGACCUACACCCACAAGCCAAAGACGAAUCGACCGUAAACUUCAUCUUCACCAUGGACUUACUCAAUUUCUCAUUCUGGAGUAUCCAGAACGAAGAUGAACGGUUUGCGAUUGAGUAUAAGGGUAAGAAGUACACGGGAUACUGGAGUUUAGUUGCGGCGCUGCAGAGGGGUUUGGAAGAGGGUUAUCCAAUCACUAGCUCGGAUUAUUGGCAAAAUGAAGAUGAGCUCACUGAGGAUGUAUUCGCGCAUAUAUUUCGUUCGUGUACUGCUGAGCCCAUGCCACUUCUUACUACACGUCUUAUGCUACUUCGAGAAGUUGGGACAAUUCUCUAUGAGAAAUACGAUUGCGCUUUUAUCAAUUGCAUAAAGGAAUCUAAUCACUCAGCAGCUGCACUGGUGAAUCUCCUCGCAGCAUCUUUUCCUUGUUUCAAUGAUGUUGUUUCCUUUGAAAAUCGUAAGGAAGUACGAUUACUCAAACGUGCACAAAUAUGUGUAGCAGAUCUCUGGGCAGCUUUUGAGGGGGAAAGUUGGGGAGAAUUUCACGAUAUCGAUAAACUUACCAUGUUUGCUGAUUAUCGCAUUCCGCAACUAUUAAACACAUUGGGAUGUCUAUGGUAUGCGCCGGCUUUAGAGAGUAAAAUCAAAAGAGGCGAAGUCAUUGAAAGUGGUCAUAGUUGGGAGGUGCAGCUGAGAGAAUUGAUUCGAAGAGAGAUAUUGAAGAAUCAUCCCGAGGCAAAAGUAAAUGCUAUUUUGAUAGAUUUUUUCCUGUAUGACACGAUGAAGGAGCGGGAAUUGGAAGGAAAGGACGAGAUACCCCAUCAUAGAACGAGAAGUAUAUGGUAUUGA